AUGACGACGCCGAGGGUGACAGCGUUUACUGCCCCGACAUCAUCGGAAGACCAAACCAUUGUGGACAAUAAGCUGUUUAAAUCUAUAUGUUUACAUCAAAUACUGGAUCCAACCAACGGCGGUAACCGAUUUUGCAGGUUCGUGUUAAUAGCGUUCAUGUCUGUGUCGUUUAGCGUGCAGAUCAUGCAGUUAGUUGGCCUUUACUUCGCUGUCAACGACCUGCAGCGGUUCGCAUUCACUACCACGACGCUGUCUCAUGCCUUUUUGUGCAUGACCAAGGAUUAUGUAUUGCUGACGCACUCGGACAAGCUGCGCGACACCCUGGAAGUGGCCAGGUAUGAGUUCACGUCGUGCGGCGCCCGGGAUCAGCGUGUGGUGCGCCGGUCGCGGGCAGUGUUGUCUAUGGUUCUCCGCUCGUUCGCCGUGUUUAGUUGGUUCACUUGUGUCAUCUGGACGCUGACGCCGCUGUUCGCGAUGGACGAAUACCUUCAGGUGACAAAUGUCGAUGAUACCGUAUCCCGUUACCGGGUUACCAUCUUCAACAUGUGGUUACCGGUGCCGGUAGACGUAUACAAUGCGAUGCCCAUUUGGUCACUCAUCUACAUGGUCGAGGUGAUAGCAUGUUUAUUUACAUCAUUUAGUUGGUUGUUGUUCGACAGCUACGUGGUGACAAUGUGUGUCACGUUCAACGCUCAGUUACGCACUGUGUCGGCUAGUUGUGCGACAAUUGGCCACCGUGACUGCUUCGCAUCGUUGUCACCUAACGCCACGGGUACUCAUAACAUAAAAAUUGAUGAUAGUAAUUUACUGAACUGUUAUGAUGAACUGAUCAACCACAUAAAAGAUAAUCAAAAUAUAAUAAAGAAGUAUGAUGAUUUUUUUGAAAUUAUUCAACCUGUCGUCUUAUUCCAAAUAAUCGCUGGUUCGUAUUCUGUAAUAACAUUAAUAUUUCUCACUGCGCUGGCGUAUCUUAUGGGUUGGUCCAUUAUAUCUGGAACAGUUUUAAAAGUAUUUUUUGGUUUUUUGUCACUUACUUUUGAACUCUUCUUGUAUUGUUAUGUAUUUAACCACAUAGAAACUGAGAAAUGUAAGAUGAAUUUUGGAUUGUAUAGUAGUAAUUGGACUGCAAUGGAUUUAAAAUUUAAAAAGACAUUGCUGUUUGCUAUGAACAUGAAUUCAGCUCACAGGCGAGUGAUGAAAGUGACACCAACGUCCAUCUUAAAUCUCGAAAUGUUCGCCAAUGUGAUGAACAUGGCAUACUCGAUAGUAUCUGUACUAUUAAAUUCAAGAGGCCAGAAAUGA